AGAGCCUGCUCAUGUCAACCCUCAUUCCUUACACGUGAAGAGAGGACUUCAGCUCGGCUAAACUUCAUGUCGAAAGCUAAGCAAAAACGAGCCAAACGGCUCGGCUUCCUCGGAAAGUUUAAGAGUAAAGAUGGUCAAAAAGCUGAUGCUCCAGGGCGUACAAAGAAUCCAGAGAAGCAUGUCAGAGACCACAGAAAACCAGAAGAAAUCCGCAAGCAAAGGGUUCAGGAGUUUCAGGAAAGGCAGAAAAUCUCCAGAGAGCAAGAGCUGAUGAAGAGGAGAAACUUACAAAGCUUUCAAAAUGACAUCCUGCAGAGACAGAGGCAGUUUGAGCAAAGGGAGACAGAGAUGCAGAGUUUGGAGAAGCAUGUAAAUUUUGAAAAUGAGAAUUCAAGAAAGGCAUAUUACAGAGAAUUUAAAAAGGUAGUGGAGGCCUCAGAUGUAAUUUUGGAGGUUUUGGAUGCACGAGACCCUCUUGGCUGUCGUUGCCCCCAGGUGGAGCAGGCAGUCAUUCAAAGUGGAACUAACAAGAAGAUUGUUUUAGUGCUGAAUAAAAUAGAUUUGGUGUCAAAGGAAAUUGUGGAAAAGUGGAUUAAAUAUCUUCGUAAUGAGUUUCCUACAGUGGCUUUCAAAGCAUCUACACAACAACAGUCAAAGAACUUGAAACGCAGUAACGUACCAGUGGUACAGGCCACAACAGAGCUUCUUAGUACCAGUGCUUGUAUUGGAGCAGAUUGCCUGAUGAAGCUACUGGGAAACUACUGUCGAAAUCUAGACAUAAAGACAGCCAUCACCGUAGGUGUUGUAGGCUUUCCUAACGUGGGGAAAAGCAGCUUGAUCAACAGUUUGAAACGAGCUAGAGCUUGCAACGUUGGAGCCACACCUGGUGUCACCAAGUGCCUUCAGGAGGUGCAUUUGGACAAACACAUAAAGCUUCUGGAUUGUCCUGGCAUCGUCAUGGCAACUUCAUCGACUGAUGCAGCAAUGAUUCUUCGGAACUGUGUGAAAAUUGAACAGCUCGUAGAUCCCCUUCCACCUGUUGAAGCCAUCCUGCGACGCUGCAACAAGGCUCAGAUCAUGGAGCACUACGGAGUCUCAGACUUUCACACAGCCCUGGAGUUCCUGGCCAUGCUUGCUCGACGUCAAGGCAAACUCAGAAAGGGGGGGCUGCCCGACACGGACAAAGCAGCUAAGAGCGUGCUAAUGGACUGGACUGGAGGACGGAUCAGCUACUUCACACACCCUCCAGAGACACACACUCUGCCCACACAUGUCAGUGCUGAGAUUGUUACAGAGAUGGGUAAAGCCUUUGACUGGGACGAGCUGGAAAAGGGAAAUCAGGAGGUUCUUGCAGAGUCAUCUUGCCCUGAUAUCCAAAUGGGAUUUUGCAUGGAAACCACUGGAAUGACCCAAGGUGGUCAGAGUGAUCCCCCCUCUGAUUUGGACUUGGCAGAGAAGGCGUGUGAAGAGUCAGAGUUUAAAGAUGAAACUGAGUCCAUGGAGGAUGAUCAAGACCCAGAGUUCGGACCAAUGACUGUGGAGAUAAAAUCUUCAAAGUCAAAGGCUGACUCUACAGAAAAUGAUCCUACAUUAAGGGCUCCAAGUUUGAAGGAUAUAUUAAAUGUAGAUCCUCUUCAGCAGGGACAAGCACUCCUUGCAGCCAGCAAGAAAAGGAAAAAGCAACAGAAAAGAGCAGACAAAAUUGCCACCAAACUCUCCGACACCUUGACAGCUGCAAUGGAUUUCUCAUUUUCAGAUAGUUAAAAAAUAAAUAAUCUGAAAAAAUUAA